UUUCCCACCACACCCAAUAUUUAUUUUUAACAAAAUUUUCAUAUUCGCCCUUCUUUCUCUUUUUUCGCCCUUCUCUUCUCUCUCAUUCAUUGCUUCGGUUGGAGAUUCCAUUACAGUUCCAAUUAAAAAAGAACCAAAAAAAGGAAGAGCUCAUAAAUCACGAAAUCUACAUUUGUUGUUCCUUUAAAUUGAUUGUAUCUCAUGUUUUUGCACCCCUUUCACGUGUUCUUUGCCUUUUCUUGAUUUCGCUUUUCAUUACUUCUUCACAUUCCUUUCAAUACCCAUUUUACAUUGAUAAAAAUAUUAUCUUUUGGCUUUCUUAUCGGUUUUUGUUUCUGGGUUUUGUGUAUUGUGGAAAGUUGCAUCCUUGGGAGGUGCAUGCUGUUGAUUUUUCUGAAAUCUGCAUAUUUUUGCGGGGUAAGAAGCAAUGAAGCUCUGGUAUAUAUUGCAGUUUACAUGUAUAGGUGAUCUUCAUUGUAUAAACAUAGAUGGUUUUUAAGAAGAGAGCUAAAGACAUGACAACUGCAAUCGGUAGAAAGGCAGCUCCUGCACGGAAUAUAGUGGCAUUUAGAUCUUAUCAGAGUCAGGCUGAGACCCUGGUUAAAACUUAUUUGUUAGCAGAUCCUUUUAUACCUUAUACCUCUGUCUUUGCUGGCAUAUUUGCUUGCAAAAUGGUCUAUGAUCUAUGUCAACUGAUCAGCAGUUUUUACUUUAGGACGUACAAUACCCUAACAAAAAUUCAAAGGACUGAGUGGAAUAACCGUGGCAUGUCAACAGUUCAUGCCAUUUUCAUAUCUGCUGUGUCCACGUAUUUUGCGUUCUGGUCCAAUCUUUUCUCUGAUCAAAAUCCUGAUGGCCUUUUAAUCGCCAGAAGUUCACCACUAUCAACUUUUACAUUAGGGGUGUCAGCUGGGUACUUUCUUUCAGACCUUGGAAUGAUUUGCUGGUUUUACCCUUCUUUGGGUGGAUUAGAGUAUGUUGUCCAUCAUUCUCUUUCAGCAGUUGCUGUAGCAUACUCCAUGUACACUGGAGAAGGACAACUUUAUACGUUCAUGGUACUCAUAUCUGAGGUGACAACACCCGAGAUCAACAUGAGAUGGUUUCUUGAUACAGCUGGAUUGAAAAGAUCUUAUGCAUAUCUGAUUAAUGGCGUGGUGAUAUUUUUUGCAUGGUUGGUUGCAAGAAUAUUGCUGUUCAUUUACAUGUUUUACCAUGUCUAUUUGCACUAUGAUCAGGUCAUUCACAUGCACAUUUUCGGUAUUCUCUUGGUUUUUGGAGUUCCGUCAGCUCUUGGUGUAAUGAACAUAAUGUGGUUUGGCAAAAUUAUCAAGGGGUUGAAAAAGAAUCUUUCGAAAAGGGUGUGACAAGAUGUCAGUUGUUAGUUUAAUGCAUUUUUCCCAUGAACUCCUCUACACUGUACAAAUGGGUUGUAAGGUAGCUAGCUGAAAGGGGAAGAGAGAAGGAUUAAAGACCUCGGAAGAAUAGAUUGUAAAAUCAACAGAAACGAAUUCAUGUAACUGGAUACUGGCAAAGCAUGUUCAAGAAGCACACAUAUUCUAUAUCUAUUGUGUGAAGGAAAGUAGAGCAAUUCAAUGAGAAGCCCCAGCGGUAAGUAAGUAACACGAGCCCUGUAUAAGUGAUACAGUUGUUUUCAUGUGAUAAACAUCUCAGAGCCAGUAAUUCCACUUGCAUGUUAGCGUGUUCAUAUGAUUUCGUUGUUCCCUUCAACUUUAAAUUAGUCAUGAACGAGCCAUCUCAUUUUGCUUUGAUUCUUAGUUUGGUGUCACGCUUUCAAGGCGUGUAUAGUUUUUGGUGUACUAUCAGAUUUUUCAUUUUCCUGUAAAGAUGUAAGUGUUCAAAUGUGGAGAAAUGUGAAUUUUGUGUUCUCUUGCAAGUA